UUCUAGAGUGUGAGGAUCGACAGUGGCUGCAUGUGCUAACAACCGAUGUUCUAAGUGUGUUUGCUUUCUAUCUAGGACUACGUAGAUACUUAGUGGCUGAUCGCGACAUGUUCUCCCAUCUCAGCUUCACGUCGGUAUCCGAAAACAUUUGGAGCUGCACAAUUACCAUGGAAGAACAGAGAGAGAGAGAGAGGGGGAGGCAAGAUAUGGAAGGCCAUCCAGAGUAGAAGAAAGCGCGCCCGUUUGGACGGAUCUUCCUCUCUUACUGCUUUGAUGCACCAACAACAGAACAGACCAUGGAUGGAAAAGCAUUAACCGCAUCGAGCCUGUUCGACAUCACUGGCCGUGUGGCCGUGAUAACAGGCGGAGGAACAGGGCUUGGGCUGAUGAUGGCGAAGGCCCUCGAGGCCAACGGGGCUAAAGUCUACAUACUCGGGCGACGGCUCGAGCCCUUACAAGAAGCAGCCAAGCAGUCGACCCAUGGCAACAUCCACCCGGUCCAGUGCAGCGUUACCUCGCAUGCUGACCUUCAAGGCGUCGUCGACCACAUCGCCGCCAAGGAUGGGUAUAUCAACCUCCUGGUGAAUAACGCUGGAAUCUCCACACCGAACCUGGGACCCCAUGCCACACGACCGACGCCGAAAUGGGACAUAUCCAAAGUGCGUGACUACUGGUUUCACAAGUCCUUCGCGGACUACGCGGCGGUCUUCGAGACCAACACCACCGCUUCGCUGAUGGUGACUUUCGCUUUUCUGGAGCUCUUGGACAAAGGCAACAAGAAGAGCGAGGAAGAGGCAAAGGCUUCCCAGGCGCGCAAUGGAGCCGGCAAAGCGCGCAUCGAGUACGUGCGAAGCCAGGUGGUGACGUUGAGCAGCGUGGGCGGAUUCGGUAGAGACAAUUCCGCGUUCAUCUACGGUGCGAGUAAGGCGGCCGCGACACAUAUGAUGAAGAAUCUAGCCACAUAUCUGGCCCCGUGGAAGAUCAGAGUUAAUGUCAUUGCCCCUGGAUAUUUCAACACCGACAUGAUGGGCAACUUCUACAAAGCAACUGGAGGUCGACUGCCUGCUUCACUGGCCCCAGAAGAGAGGUUUGGGGAUGCGCAGGAGAUCGGGGGAACCAUUGUAUAUUUGGCAUCAAAAGCUGGGGCGUACUGUAAUGGGAUGGUUCUGCUUGUGGAUGGCGGUUAUGUGUCGAAUAAGCCAAGUUCAUAUUGAAAUGCUAAUAUUCAGCCCUGCGUUAGUAUCUUAAGCUAUUGAUUGCAAACCGUGAUAAUACAGU